GUCACGGGUGGGUAGCGGCAGGUAACUUCCUUGUCUCUGAUAACCGCCGGCCCCUCCCCACCCCACUCGCUGCGCAAGGCCCAAUCACCUGCUCAGCCUCGACCUCAUCUGGUGUGGCUUCACCGAACAUCGGCCAUCCACUGACCCCUCCUGCACCAACCUCCCCCACCCCACCCCCGGCUGACCUGUCUGACGUCAUGUCGAGGCCGCACGUCAAAAAGCAGAAGCCCAAGCCCCGGCCUCGGUCACGGCCCCGACUGUUCGUGCCCUCGCCACUUCCGCUGGCGCAGUCAGCAGUGAACGCUCAGUGGAGCCCUCAACCCAUGGCCCUGGAGGAGCUUCUGAUGGACUACUCACUGCCCCAGAUACUGCAGUGCCGGACCCCCAUCUUGCGGCCUCCUGGUGACAGGUCCACCAUGCCUGUCUCCAUGGAUACGCCCAUUCUGCUCGUCCGCCAGCACAGCGCGCGCUACCUGCUGGCCCGAGUCGUGGACGUGGAGCAGCGAGGCCGAGCUUUCACCGAGUCCGGCGAGUCCGUCGUCAUUCCGGAGGACUAUGAGGGUCAUUUUCUCCGCCUCGACUGCCGCACUACAAAAGACAAGUCCCGGGUGCGCCCUCUGGAAGCUGUCGUCAACAGCGACACGGCGGCAUUCGUCAAUCUGUCCAACAUCACCUCGUACCCAGCGAACUGUGACCCGCGGGACAGGUCGCACCUCAUCUACACCAUGGGCAACGUCUUCCUCGUGAACGACCCAACGCCGCCGUCGUCGUCGACGUCAGAAGUGGCCAGCGAACGCACCGCCCUGUCCUCCGCUGCCGCCUCCGCCGUGUCUCGCGGCUCCAGGCCCUCCGCGAGCGGCAGGGGGCCCCUGUGCUGUGUCGACGAGCGAGGCACGUCCAUUCGGAUUCCGACCAAUCAGAAGGCGGAGGUGGUGGCGGUGAAGAAGAACGUUAACGGCAGCGGGAAGCUGUCCAUGAGGGCGGCAGAGAUCCUGGCUGUGGAGAAAUUCCCGGUGGUGAUCAGGUUUGCCUACGGCGAGCGACCGCUGCGACUAGCUACGGCCACCCGACUCUUCACCCUGCUCGACUCAUUUCAGGAGACAUCUCUGAUUGGCUGUGCCAUCGACGGCGGCCAAAUGACCAUGCUGGAGAUCCCGCUGAUGUCGUCGCUGCAGUUCCAGGUGGCGAUGAACCGUGACGAGCUGCUGGGCCAGCCAGCCUUGGACAACAUCUUCGAGGCGUGUCACGCUAGAUGUCCAGCCUUCGCACGUGACAUCAAGCUCAAGUACAAGUUCGCCCACAGAGUGCAGCGAGGGAGUCCGCGCAUGAUGAAGCUCCACGAGGACGAUCUGCCCAGCGCAACGGUCAGAACCAGGCUUGACGUCACAGAGUCCUACGUGUACGUGUGACGCCACCGACUGCUUUUGCGUGCACGUGACGUAACAGAACCCCAUAGACACGCACGCGCACACCUGACGUCUCCAACGUCUUCAUGUACGUCUAAUGUCGCUGUGUCACACCUGCAAAUAUGACAUCAUAGAACGUUGGCGCAGUGACGUCACAGUGGCCCACACGUACUCGUGUGGCGUCACUUGUGGUCAAGUCAGGCAGCGGCAGGAAUUGUGUGUCAGCGUGGAGACGAUGCCGUGAGUUGUCAACGUCCUCACCUCCAUCUCCAGUCCCACCACAAGACGUUUUCUACCAGUUCCCAGAAUGCCACUCUUUUCGAGAUGACAGCCGCGGGAGAUGACAAUGUUACAAACUCUGAUCCUUGUGAGGCCCUUCAAAAGCCCGCCACCAAUAAGACGAGCAUUCAAACAAUAACGGUCAAUCACGUGACGACUGUGUGGAAGUGUUGAUACAUGACGUCAUGAUGAUACACUUCAUGCAGUCUUGUUUCCCUCCAUGUUGUCUUCAGUCCGAUUGCUACAUUCAUACAGUCUGAAAGCAUCCAUUUCAUGAAAUCCUUACAAACAGUUAUAAAUAAAA